AUGUUCAGUCAUCUUGACUUGCUUGGCUCCCAGUACUCGAUCGAUACCUGGGCCACAGGAUCUAGGCCGACACCGUCUAGACCGUCGACUCAAGGGUACCGUGGGAUGGAAUGGGCGAUAUUUCUACGCUGGUCGCGCCUUGGCUGUAAGACCGAUUUUGCCCGAGUAACGGACAAAGACUGGGACUGUGUCAUUGGCCUCACCCACGACGCGCGAUGCGCGUCUCAAAUCUCGCAGCCUCCCCCGCAUCCACGACGAACCAAUGCAAAGGCAGCCGAGGAACUUCACAGCGAGUUUAUGAGGAACGAAUGUCUCAGCCUUCUCCCCAGAGACGUCGACGAACGCGACCACCUACCUAUGAGUUCGUCUCUGGGCGACAUACAAGUACCAGCCUCCCUGGCAUGGCUAAUUUCGAAAGCUCCCCAUCCUUUCCGGUCCCUCUUUCGCGCUGACAAAUCGAUGACCUCCCGACUUCGCUGGAUGCGCAGUUCAUACUAUCAUGGGGCCGGCCUUGCCACGCGCGAGGAAAGGUAUACCUUACCCGCCAUCAUGCCGCCCAACUCCAUUGAUGGCGCGCUUGCAAAAAUCACUGUCUUUCAGAUGGCACAGAGUGAUUCCAGUGCCUCGCACUUCGCGCGCGCCUCGCUGUCAAGUUCUCUUCGAAAGCCGAAACUAUCCGUCGUAUCUCCAACUGGGCAGAGAGGCAACGUCCUGUGGGCCAAAGCCCGUUUGAAUAUAAGACCGUAUAGAAGUCUUUUGCGAUUGACAUUCAUCACAGCAGCGCUGGACGAGAGAGACUCCUACAUGCAUCUGAGCAACUCGAGCUACGCAAAGAUCCUUGAUGCAGGACGGUUCGUGGUUGCUCUCGACGCAUUCUUCUCGUUCGGGCGCUGUGGCGGAUGGAUAGCUCUUGGAUCUACUCACUUUCACUUCAUUCGUGAGAUACCAAUGCUUUCUUGGUAUGAGGUACACAGCAACAUCGGGGCCUGGAUCCCAAAUGGAUGUACAUGGUCUCACGCUUCUCGAAUGCCACCUGGCAAGACAAAGACCUUGGAUCCCGCGACUUCGACCGAGGCUACCACUCCCGCUGUGAACGCGACCCCUCGUGUCGCCGUGAGCCAGCCGACCAACUCCAACGGCCUCGACACGCCAAGUGCCAGCGACCACGGGUCUGCUUCAAACCCUGAACAGGUCGCGGCGCCGCUCGCUGCUCGGGCGGGAGAUGAUGUCGAAAACUGCGUGACACUUCACUGCGUUGCCGUCUCGUGGAUAUGCGCCAAGCACGGCCGUAUCGUCGUCCCUCCGCCGGUUCUACUCACAUGCGAGGCCUUCAGCCGCAGUUCGCCUAGCAGCGCAGCUUACUCGCCAUCAAACCCAACACAUCACAUGGAACGGCGAGAAGUAUGGGAGGAUGCCCUUGGUGAGGAAGUCGAGGCGCAGGGUGUGCAGAAUCUGAAGCUCCUGGAUGACUUGGGGCACGGGAUGGAAGGCGCUCAUUAG